GGAGUUAACUUGAAUACUAGGCUAGGCGAAGAUCUCGGUGCUUACCGCGUGCCCCCUCUCCCUUGCAUCGUGGAAAAAACUAUUUAGUGAUUUCGUGUUACGAUUUUGGGUAUUUUGAGAUCCGGGCGAUUUCGAAUCGGUCUUCGUUCGGAAGGAAUGGAGAAGAGACAACCGACAAUGAUUACGACCAGUGAGACGGGCUUACACGCCAAUCUACUAACGGCGACGGGCCAGCGUCUUACUCCGACAGGCAAAAUCAGCCAUGCCAAGACGCGUGUCUAUACGCAACGGUAUCGCAAAGAAUGGGAACAAAUGCCCGAUUUUAAAGGAUGGUUGACGUCCGUGCCGUUCCAAUCAACACGAGCUUAUUGUCUGUAUUGCAAGAAAAAUCUCCAUGCGCACCGACUUUCUUUGUUAAAACAUACAUGUACGAUGAAGCAUCAACGAUCCGCUUUGUCACACGAAGCGGAAGAAAAGAAGAAGGCUGCAGCUCGAAAGGCAAACGCGAUAGAAGAGGUUGAAAUAGAAGAAGUCGAGGAAAUUGAGGCUAUUGAACACACUCAAACUGAAGUAGAAGAAAAUGAAGAUGAGGUGGAAUAUGUUGUUGAGAGAUUAGAAACAGAUGAUGAGCUGGAUGAAGCUCAGAUUAAAGAUCCAAUCGAAGAUGUUGGUGCUGAAGCUGAGGAUGAAGAAGAAGAGGAAGAAGACGAUGUAGAAGAUAUGCAGAUGCCUUCUGAUGACGAAGAUGUUAAGCAUUCGAUAAAAAAGAUUAAGAUAGAGAGGGUGGAGAACUGCGAGGAUUCCUUGACAGAAGCUAUGGAUCAUAUGCAGAGUGAAUAUUUGGAAGAAAGUGAUAAUCAUGAAACUGUACAAAUGGAAAUAGUUGUAGAAUCAGAAGAUCAAAGUAAUUCAGAUAUGCAAGUUGUAUCGAUUCUUCCUGAUACUGAAGAUUCUAGUAAAGAAUCGUCAAAGGAAUCACGCGAAAAUGGAAGAGCGGUUCGACGAGGCGACAAUAAAUUAGAUAGAAAAUCUGCAAAAUUAUUGCAAGAUGAAUGCAAACAGCAAGGAGAUUCAGGAAUAAUGGUGGCGUGUCCGUUACCUAUUUUAGGUACAGCUUAUCAAAUUAGUUCCUCGGUCGCACCUAGUACUAACACCAUCGGUGUGCUUCAGCCAGUGAAUACAAUCCCCAUUGCACCUGCGCAAAGUAAAACGAUUACUUUGACGACGGGUGGAAAAACUCUGACUUUGACAGGUGGUACAUUCCAACCUGGUGCUCAGUAUGUGCUGAGUAAAUUAAAGGGUAAAUUUCCUACGUUGGUAAUGGCUGAUAAAAAAACUACAAUUGUAGCUAAUCAAGCAGAGGAUGCCGCGAAAGGUGCUCAGAUAAACAAGGAUCAGUUAGAUGUAGCAAGUACUAGUUAUCAAAGUCCGAAAAGACAUGUACUUUUAAAAACCGUUAAUAGUCCAACAAUUAAAAAACCUCGUAUUUCAACUCACGUUGUGGACACUAGUAAAGGUUUACCCAUUGGAGGUUUGCAAGUUAGCCUUUAUAAGUUAAUGGAUGGAAGGUGGACUUUUUUAAAUGAAAGUAAUACGAGCCCGAAUGGUCGAUGCGUAGACUUGGUGGAUAACAUGAAAAUUAAUUUCACAGCUGGACGUUACAAGAUUCACUUCGACGUUGAUAAAUAUUUUACGCUAAGAAGGAUAGAAACAAUGUAUCCGUUUAUCGAGAUUGUUUUUGAUGUAAAAAACCCUGCUGGUCACUAUCACAUACCGGUGCUUCUGAGUCCAUUUGGUUACACCACCUACCGUGGUUCCGAAAGAUAAACAUUAAUCAAGUCAGCAUGUGUUUAUCAAGUAUUUUAUUUCUUUGUAAAGAAAUUAAAUUUCAUAAAAAUAAAUACGUUUUACGAUUUAACGUGCAGAUUAGGAUUGCACAAUAAACGUAUUUUUAUUAUGGUUUAUAUGGUUGGUCAUGCAGAGGAAGCUGUGGCGGCACUCGACAUUAACUAACAACGGACACGGUAGCGCAGUUGUUAACGCCUUAGGUUUCGAACGUUCGGGACCCGGGUUCGAUUCCCGGCGCCCGUAGUCCUAUUUUUCUUCUACGCAUCAAAUUAGAAGAAUAAUGGCGGUACCUCAGCAGCGACAUAUACAGUCGGCAACUACAAUCAUCACGGACAACAUAUAUACCAGCUCAAAACUACUAGGUGUAUACGAUAAUAAUACUCGCUAGCUUUACGUUCAUAAUGUGUAUGCGUUGUUAAUUUACAGCUGUUAUUUCCGUAUACACCUAACAUUUGUAAUCUUGCAUUCAACGGCGUAAUGCAAAUUAGAAGAAACAAAAUCCAAAUUCUUUUAUUUAUAUUUCUGUUGCAUUUUAUCAAAGAAGUUAUUAGUUGUAUGUGUGUGUAUUCGUAUUUGUGGAAAGAAUGUUAUGAAAAAGUGAAAGGCGUAUAAUCAUUGGUAGAGUUGUUAAAUUGUAAUAUCAACAUUUGUGAAAAAAUAUAUUUUAUUUCUUAGUUUA